AUGUCGACUCUCCAAGAAAUCACAUCUGAAUCGGAAUUCAGCACACAUAUUUCGUCGCUCGCUCCUUCUACGGUCCUUGUCCUCUACUUCCACACUCCCUGGGCAGCACCAUGUACCCAAAUGCGCACAAUCCUCAGCACUCUCGCUGCUGGCUACCCGGUCACGUCCCCACCGACAACAUCUUUUAUUAGCAUCAAUGCCGAGGAACUUCCUGAUGUCUCCGAGGAAUACGACGUCACAGCUGUACCGUUCGUCGUCUUGGUCAAAAAUAAAGAACUCCUCGAGUCUAUCAGCGGCAGCGACGCAAUCAAAGUGCGCGAUGCGAUUGAACGGCACGCUGGGCAACCGUCUUCAAGCUCAGGCACGCCAGCAGGCGCAAAAUCAACUAUCCCACCGGUGCUGAAUGCCACGCCUCGCGAUUCCGGGGCCUCGGGUGCAGCAACAGAAAACCCGGUCGACUCUUCAGCUGCUGCGGCGACGACAACCCCGCAGGAAAGCAAAGAAGCCCUCUUUGCGCGUCUCGCUGAGCUCGUCAAGGCUGCUCCAGUCAUGCUUUUUAUGAAGGGCAGCCCCAGCUCGCCUCAAUGUGGCUUCAGCCGUCAACUUGUCGCUAUCCUACGAGAAAACGGAGUUAAGUAUGGGUUUUUCAAUAUUCUGGCAGAUGAGGACGUCCGCCAGGGACUGAAGGAGUUUGCGGAAUGGCCAACUUUCCCUCAGUUGUGGGUACAAGGUGAACUUGUGGGUGGGUUAGAUAUUGUCAAGGAAGAAAUUGAAGCAGACCCGGAUUUCCUCAAGGCUUAUGCUGUUCAGCAGCCAUCAGCCGCAUAA